CGUCACUUCACUUCACUUCAUAUUCCCUGUGAUUUAAAAAAUCCCACAAUAUCCCUAACAGUUUUUCCUCCCUUUCCAUUUUCCAAGCUGUAGAAUGGCUUAUCACGUGCCUGUCAAAUGAUUAACAUGGGGAAACAUUUGGGUUAUGAUUAACUUUCAGUGCUGCCAAAGUUUCCCUGAUGGCAGACAUGUUCUUCAAAUGAGACUCAUCUUGCAUUUUCUUGCUCAAACUUAUGCUCUAGGGUUUUGCUCUGCCCUGAAAAUACCAGCCGGAAACCUGUUAAAUUAUAAUUUCUUACUGUGUUUCUAUACAUAAGCAUGUUGUGUGAUUCCCCUUGGCAGCACUCCACCGUCAUGGAAAGCACCGGCUCAGCACAUUGCAUUGCCCAAUAAAUGGUUAUGCGUCUAACCACAGUGACUGGUGGACAAGCACUGUAAGUGUAGGAGAGAGGAAGAAAGCCAGGGAAAGCCGAUACAUUCCUCAUACACCAGAAUACAAGUGCUUCCAUAAAUCCUAUUGAAUGUCAGCGGUGUAAUGAACUUCAUCAUUCUGAGCCUUAUCAUACUGCUGAACCUCACUACACACGAAUGACUGAUUCUUCAGGGUUAAGGGUAUACACUUGUGGUUUCCUACACAAAAGAAAUAUUGUGAGGACGCAGCCCACCGUCUUCAGUCAAUAUCCAGGCACUACUGAGAACCUGGCCUCAUCUGGAAAUUUAUGCUGCUUCCCAAACUCCUCUCAGGAAAUGACAUUUCCUACAAACACUUUACUGGAGAGGGGAGUGAUUAAGGGAGAGAGCGAAAGAGAGAGCCAGAGAAAAGAAAACGUGAGGAAGAGGGGUGUUUCUAACUGGGAACAGAGCUUACACUGUUCCGUGUUAUACACACACAGAAACACACACAGUGAGAAAGAGAAAAGAAGAUAAAAAGAGGAGAAAUAUCCCCCACACUUACUUUUUCUGGCUGUUUAGCUGGGUGUAUGGAGCAUUCUGGUCUGCAAAAUGAAACUCUCAUCUGUUGUGAUGGUUCUCCUGACUAGGGCUUUGAUUGGAGAGUUGACUGAGGCACUGAAUGUGACAGUGACCCCUGGACCAGUCACUAUGUGCCUGGAAGGAGAAAAUAUUACCGUGUCAUGCCUGGUCUCUCAAAAGAAGAGGAGCAGCAGCGUGCUGGUUCUGCGCUGGCUCUACUUCCCGAAGCCUGAGGAUGAGCGACUAGUGGUGAAGAUGAAUUUCAAGAAGGCUAAGUACUACGGGAACUACAGCCUAAGCUUUUCCCAGACCAAAUUUCACCUGUGGGAGGAGGUGGAAGGACAGAUAUACAGCCUGCUGAUCUUCAAUGUGUCCAGGGAAGACAGAGGCAACUAUAGCUGUAAAGUGCAAGAGAUACGCAAACACAGAAACAAGUGGAGGUCCUCGUCAAAUGGCACAGGGACCAUGGAGCUACGAGUGCACUAUGUAGGAGUCCCUGAGAACACUGAUAACAUCUGGCGCUGGUUUCAAGAUCUUUAUCUGUGUGCGGUGUUGAUCUGCUCUGUUGGUCUAAUUUCUACGGUGCUUUUCAUUGUGAAAAUUACAUGUCAAUACAUGCAGCAUAAACAAAGACGAAAAGCCAGAUUCUAUUUGGUGAAAUGCCCAGAGAGCAGCUCUGGGGAGACAGUGACCAGUUUUGCCAGCUCCUCUCCUGGAAUGCACAGGAAAGAGAAAAGACAUAAAUCACCACCCAAAGACCUCACUGCACAACCACCAGUGAUACCAGUGAAAGCUCCUGUUCCAAAUAAGCCACGCAGGACCAAACUUUUAAAAGUCCAACCUAGAAAAGCACACAUGCCGCGGGUGGCAGAUGACAGCCUGACAUACGCCGAGCUGGAGCUGGUCAAGCGAGUGCCCGAGGCUAAAAGAAGCAGCUCAGGAACUGCACAGCUGGAGACCAAUGCACACUGCACAGGAACUGUAUACGCCCAGAUCCUCUUUGUGGAAAAGCAAGUGUAAAUUCAGUUGAAACUGUUUUGUACCAGAAUUAUUUAUGAUAUAGCUUUCAGUAUUGUUUAUGUGAUUACCUGAUGGUGCAUUGUUUUUAGUAUAAAGGCACAAGUCCAAGCAUCUGGUGUUUGUACAUUCAUAAUGUUUUCUAAUUGGAUACAGUCACCAAUUGCCUGUGAGCACAUGAUUUAUAUAUUUUUCUGUUUUAAACAGAGAGGAAAUAUUGCUUUACUGUUGGAUUUAAUCCAAUUCACAUAUUUAAUUCUGAUUUUAUAAUUGUGUAAGAAAUGUAAUAAAAUAUGUAAUAUUUGUUACAAUC